AUGUUUUCUUACAGGACUGAAUUUGCUCUUAAAGAAAUCAUGUCCUCUGGAGGUGCUGAAGAUGAUAUCCCACAGGGAGAGAGGAAAACAGUUACAGACUUUUGUUACCUUCUGGAUAAAUCUAAGCAACUGUUCAACGGAUUAAGAGAUUUGCCACAAUAUGGGCAGAAGCAGUGGCAGUCCUAUUUUGGAAGAACUUUUGAUGUUUACACCAAACUCUGGAAGUUCCAGCAGCAGCAUCGACAAGUCUUGGAUAAUCGGUAUGGCUUGAAGCGGUGGCAAAUAGGGGAAAUUGCUUCUAAGAUUGGGCAGCUAUACUACCAUUAUUACCUACGCACAUCUGAGACCAGCUAUCUGAAUGAGGCUUUCUCCUUCUAUUCUGCAAUCAGACAGAGAUCAUAUUAUUCUCAAGUCAAUAAAGAGGACAGACCUGAGUUGGUCGUUAAGAAGCUUCGAUACUAUGCAAGAUUUAUUGUAGUUUGUCUUCUUCUCAACAAAAUGGAUGUUGUGAAGGAUUUGGUGAAGGAAUUGUCAGAUGAAAUUGAAGAUUAUACUCACCGCUUUAAUACGGAAGAUCAAGUGGAAUGGAACUUGGUGCUUCAAGAAGUAGCAGCUUUCAUUGAGGCGGACCCCGUAAUGGUAUUGAAUGAUGAUAAUACCAUUGUUAUCACAUCUAAUCGCCUUGCGGAGACAGGAGCACCAUUGCUGGAACAGGGCAUGAUUGUGGGACAGUUGUCUCUGGCUGAUGCGCUCAUUAUUGGUAAUUGUAAUAACCAGGUUAAGUUUAGUGAGCUGACUGUCGACAUGUUCCGGAUGUUACAAGCCCUGGAAAGGGAGCCAAUGAAUUUAGCUUCCCAGAUGAAUAAACCAGGAAUGCAGGAAUCAGCUGAUAAACCUACCAGACGAGAAAACCCCCACAAGUAUCUGCUCUACAAACCAACCUUCAGCCAACUCUACACGUUCUUAGCAGCAUCUUUUAAGGAGCUGCCUGCCAAUAGUGUACUUCUGAUUUACCUGUCAGCCACUGGCGUUUUCCCCACAGGUCGUUCUGAUAGUGAAGGUCCUUAUGAUUUUGGCGGAGUACUUACUAAUAGUAACCGGGAUAUUAUAAAUGGAGAUGCCAUCCACAAACGAAAUCAGUCCCACAAGGAGAUGCACUGCCUUCAUCCUGGAGACCUCUAUCCUUUCACAAGGAAGCCACUGUUUAUUAUCGUGGAUUCAUCCAACAGCGUUGCAUACAAGAAUUUCACAAACUUAUUUGGACAGCCACUAGUCUGCUUGCUUUCUCCUACAGCGUAUCCAAAGGCUUUACAAGAUCAAUCUCAACGAGGUAGCCUCUUCACUCUCUUUUUGAACAAUCCUCUAAUGGCCUUCCUAUUUGUCUCUGGAUUGUCAAGCAUGCGCAGAGGCCUAUGGGAAAAGUGUCAAGAAUAUCUUCGAAAAAUCAACCGCGAUAUUGCCCAGCUACUGACCCAUUCACGUUCAAUAGAUCAGGCAUUUCUCCAGUUUUUUGGAGAUGAGUUUCUUCGCUUGCUCCUCACAAGAUUUAUCUUUUGUUCAGCCACCAUGAGGAUGCACAAGAUUUUUCGGGAAACGCGAAAUUAUCCAGAAUCAUACCCACAACUGCCGAGGGAUGAAACAGUGGAAAACCCUCAUCUCCAGAAGCACAUUCUGGAAUUAGCGUCCAUUCUGGAUGUUCGAAACGUGUUCCUCGAGAGUACCAUAGAUGACUAUUAA